UUCUGAAAGGACAGUUUACAGGGUAAAUGAGCCAACAAAGAACAUGCUACUUAAAAAUGAAGAAAGAAAAAGAAAAGAAAACAAGACAAAUGAUGCAUACUAUAUGGGCUGAGAUUGCAUGUGCACACAUCUAUAACUUACUCAUACGGUGCACAAAGAAAGGGCAAAACGUAGAAGGCAAAAGUUAGUCACGGGUCCCGACACCCAUGCCAAUGGGCAAUGGCAUGGCUCAAGAACUUCAAACCAAAAUAAUAGCAUAUGUACUUACAAAUUUAUCAUGGAUGCAAUGAUAACCCAGUAAUAAUCAUAGAGAAGAAGUCAACGCACAAUAACUAAAAUGGCAUAGGAUACCUCCAUCACUUUUCAGAGACAUUCCCUCAUUUUUUUCCAAGUGUGGUAUGAUUACCAAAUUUCUAUCUGAUAAAAGGUGCAUCAUCAUGAAGCCCCCAUCAUAUCUGAGCUCCAUUUACUUGCAAUAUGACAUACCUCGUGCCAGAGAUUCAGAGAAAUAAGCUAAUCCUUCUUAUCUUCACAUUGCUACUUCUUGGAGGAUCUAAACACCAUCACUUCAACAUCCAGGUUCAAGCUAUGGCACAAGGCAAGACUCUCUCUACUACUACUACUAGGGUUGCUUCUGCCAAGUUUAUUUUCUUUUUCCCUUUCGAAAUGAAUAUUUUCCGCAUAUUAAUGAAAGUUCUUCAACAUGUGUCAUCUCUGUAUUUGCAGGCACAUCUCAUUUCAAACUUGGACCUGAAGAACAAAGUGCAAGACCACAAAAGGCAAACCUCUUUCCUGGCUGGCAGACUGAAGAGAAGAAGAUUCAUAAGCAACCAUCGGGGCCUAAUCCAAUAGGCAAUCACCAUUAACCAACUAAGCAGUGAAUCAGAGGAUUAAUAUGUUCAGCAAAUGAGCAGACAAGUUCAGGCAUUUCCUAGAAAUUGAAGAAGGCAGCUGUAUUCAUUUAUGUUUGAAUGUCCUCAUCCUUGGACAAUUGCGACUGUACAAAAAACAUGAAAUUUAUUUGAAGAUAUGCAUAUCUAAGAGUAGUAUCCAGGAAUCAAUGCAGCUCAUCUAAUCUAUUGGAAACUUUUCUGAAAAGCUUCAGUCCAAAUCAACAAAAUCCCUUUACUUAUUA